UUCGUCGUCGAAAGAUUGGAGUGUGUUGCUUGCUUAUGUGCUUUGGCUCCCGAAAAAAAAACGCAAAGAAACCGUAAUGUUCUGCUGAAGUUCCGUCCCGAAAAGCGCGUUAUUCUUUUGAUUUCCUGCUUCCGUUUGUCGCGCGAGUGCACCUUCCGUUGAAUUCGGUGUGGGUUGGCCGGAAAUCGCCGGGCAAAAAGUGUCCUUUCUCCACCAAAUAGAAACACGGUUCCCUCAUCGAACGUGGCUUCUUGAGUUAUUGUUCUUGUUUUCUCUGUUCGUACGUCGUUCGUCGUCGCAGCAGUGUCUCGCUCGGCCGCCGUGGAUUCGCGUUUUUUUUUGACAACUUCGUCGUCGUCCGAGUGUUUUGUUUACCUUUUGCGAAAGAUAAAGCAGUGGUGUUUUAUUGGUUUCCUCAAAAGAAGAGUGUGAUAAAAAACAGUGUGUUGUGAAGAUUUUUUUCCGAAUAGUAGAAAAAUAAAAGUGCCUUGAAAUUCGUUGGUGUGAUAAACCGGUGAAGAUAAAACGACUGCGGAUACGGACGGAUGACGUUCGCUGUAGCCACCUGUUAAUUGGCGUUCGGAAAAGCAACGAAAUUGCCUCCCAAAACAUCGAACUACUGCAGCACCACCCCGGGAGAAAAGGGAGCAACGCAACGUAUAAAAGCAGCGCGGCACUCCCAUCAUCCUGAACAUUGUUGCAGCAUCCAGUGGGCGUUAUUUCGCACAAUCCCGGCAAACGGCUCGCACAUCGGUCCUGAUUGCUAGGAAGCAAGCUCGUCACAAAGCGAGAUAGAGACAAAAAACGACACCUUCGACGGCCGACCGACCGGUUGCUGGUGCCGAACGUUAAUUGAAACACCACACGGACCCGCGGGAAGAACCUAAAACAAAAAAAAAAUGCCGAUACAGAUCGCCAACGAGAGCAACAACAGCGGCGGGGGCGGAGGUGGCAACGAGAUCAAAGUGAAAAUUGCCUAUAGCGGCGAGGUGAUGAUCACCUACAUCGAUGAGAGCAUCACGUACGAGGGCAUCUGCCGGGAGAUACGGGAGAUUUGUCGCUUCUCGCCGGACCAGGUUUUCACCAUGAAAUGGGUUGACGAGGAGAACGACCCAUGCACCAUCCAGUCGGACCUGGAACUGGACGAAGCCAUCCGGCUGUACGAGGUCAAUCGCGACUCGGAGCUCGUCAUACACGUUUUCCCAAAUGUCCCGUCGGCUCCGGGAAUGUCCUGCAUCGGGGAGGACCGAAGCAUCUACCGAAGAGGUGCCAGGAGAUGGCGAAAGCUGUACCGAAUAAAUGGACACAUAUUCCAGGCGAAGCGAUUCAAUCGGAAAGCCUUUUGCGCGUUCUGCCACGACCGCAUCUGGGGCCUCGGUCGACAGGGCUUCAAGUGCAUCCAGUGCAAGCUGUUGGUGCACAAAAAGUGCCACAAGCUUGGCAACAAACCGUGCAGCAACGAACAUGUGGAACCGGUGUUCAAGGAGCGUGAUCAUCAGGAUCUGAACGACGAAUCGAGCGCCGGUGAUGUGAUUCAACCUCCGCAGGAUUAUCCGUCCGAGUACAUCCAUGCGGAUCCGUCGUGCGACCAGGUCCCGGUGGAGGCAUCCGACAACGUGGAGGAACCGCUGGAACCGGGCACGCAGCGGCAGUACUCGCUCAACGAUUUCGAACUGAUCAGGGUAAUUGGCCGCGGUAGCUACGCCAAGGUGCUGAUGGUCGAGCUCAAGAAGACCCGGCGGAUCUACGCGAUGAAGGUCAUCAAGAAGGCCCUGGUCACGGACGAUGAGGACAUCGACUGGGUUCAAACGGAAAAGCACGUCUUCGAGACGGCUUCCAACCAUCCGUUCCUGGUCGGUUUGCAUUCGUGCUUCCAGACGCCCUCGAGACUCUUCUUCGUAAUCGAGUUCGUCCGCGGUGGUGAUCUGAUGUUCCACAUGCAACGCCAGCGACGUCUUCCGGAGGAGCAUGCACGGUUCUACGCGGCCGAAAUCAGUUUGGCGCUGAACUUCCUGCACGAGAAGGGCAUCAUCUACCGAGAUUUGAAGCUGGACAACGUGUUGCUGGAUCACGAAGGUCACAUCAAGCUGACCGAUUACGGUAUGUGCAAAGAGGGCAUCCGCCCGGGCGAUACUACGUCGACCUUCUGCGGUACGCCGAACUACAUCGCACCGGAGAUUCUUCGCGGGGAAGAUUACGGUUUCUCCGUGGAUUGGUGGGCUCUGGGAGUCCUGCUGUACGAAAUGCUGGCCGGACGCAGUCCGUUCGACAUUGCUGGUGCUUCCGAAAAUCCUGAUCAGAACACCGAAGACUAUCUGUUCCAAGUGAUCCUGGAGAAGACAAUCCGUAUCCCGCGUUCGCUGAGCGUCAAGGCUGCCUCGGUGCUGAAAGGUUUCCUCAACAAGAACCCGGCCGACCGUCUCGGAUGUAACCGGGAGUCGGCCUUCAUGGACAUUGUCAAUCAUCCGUUCUUCAAGAGCAUCGACUGGGAGGCGCUCGCUCAAAAAGAGGUCACCCCGCCCUACAUUCCGUCGUUCGAUGGGUGCGACCAGGACAUUACCUGUCACUUUGAUCCGCAGUUCACGCGGGAACCGGCCGAUCUGACACCGGACGAUCCUCGCGUAAUUGACAAGAUCGACCAAAGUGAAUUCGAGGGCUUCGAGUACGUGAACCCGCUGCUAAUGUCGCUGGAAGACUGCGUUUGACAUCACGCAUCCUGCGAGCUGCAUCCAUACAACAUGCAGCAGAUAUACGGUGACGAUUCUAGCGAUUACGAUUCCGUUGUGGAUGAACUAAGUAUUCUUCAAUUACCUCCGCCACCUCAGAAGAGUCUGCUGCAGCACAUGUUUUGCCUUCCAUUGAACUAACAGUAAGAUCGGAUCGGACCCCUCCCUUCCCCGUUGGUUUCUGCGUUCUUCGUUUCCUUCUUUAGUUUUAACAUAACUUGUUUCUAUCCUCUUCGUCAAACCCGGGCAACCCGGUUGUAGGUAUUACUAUGAAACACAAAUUAGGACAAACUAAAAUUGCAUGCUCUAAAAAUGUGACACCAACGACUCACAAAAAAACUGAUGUGUGGUUACACUGAUACAAAACAGUUUCCAAAAGCGCUACAAUUCGUUACGUUUAGGGCAAUGGAGAACAAGUAACCUAAAACCUUAAAAUCAAUCUAAAGAAAUUUAUUCCAACUCUUAUAACUACUGUAAUUAAUAAAAAAAAAACGGGCAACCAAUUUACGAACAAUUGUGAAUGAAAUUAUAGAAGCAACAACAACAAAACAAUGUGUAAACUAAAACUUCUUUAUCAAAAACAAAAAUCAAGAACGCAAACAUGUUAGUAUGAUACAUAAAGUAUGUAACAACUCCGAGAAUAAGACAUCUUUCAAAUGCCUCAACAUUUGAGUGAGGAUUACAAAACAAAAACAAAAGAAAACAAUUGCUAUUCAACAACUAUUCAAUAUUGGAAAACCCAAAAAAAAAUGAAAAAUUGAUGAACUGCACAGCGUUAACAAGAAAAAUAAAAACUAAUUGCAAAUUGUAUAGAAAUGAAGAAGUAAGUUUAGCUAACAAAAAAAUAUUCAAACAAAAAAAAAAUACAGAAAAUGGAAGGAUUUUAAACUUUUAAAAAAUCAAACACUGAAAAAAAAUGAGCAACAAAAUUGAUUUACCGGAUAGAAUGAAUAAAUUAAACAAAGAGAAAAACGAAAACAAAAAAUAGUAAUCGUGUUAGAUAAAAACAUUCAAAUUAUUCGAAGAAAUGAAGAAACAAAACGGCGAAAGGGAAAUUUUUAUAUGCUAUUUAAUUCAUUACCUAAAACCCUAAAAAUAUGGCAAACCACAAAAAAAAACGAUUUAGGCAAUUGUUUUGAACGUCGUAAACUUUAAGCUAUUUAUCCAUACCAGAGAAAAUUAAUCCUAUUGAACAAAAAAAAAAAAAAAACAUCGUCAAAACUACCAGCCUACUACUUACUAACAAACAAACAAAACAAAGACAACCAAUUCCAAUGAUGAUGAAAACACUAGAAGAUAUCCCUUUAAAACACCUGUUACCUGUUAAAAUCAAACGAACUACUCUGUUUAGUAAAAUUACAUAUUUUCCUCUUUUGCCGAACCGUCGCCGUUUUCUAUUUAGCGAGAGAGAUAGAGAGAGAGAAAGAAAGAGAGAACUAUUUAUUUUCCAUCGCAUUGGCACUAAAAUUAACCUUUCUCCAAUCGCAAAACAAACAUUCCAUUGUGAUUGUGUAAUGGUCGAACUACCUAACCUAUCUCCCUACACUUACACACCUAGGCUAAACUGCGCAGAAAGACUUGUUAGGUAUUCAAACACAUACACACACAAGAUGCUCAUUCCACAGCGGUGCCGAAUGUUCGCUUUCAAUCGACGGCGCCGAAUCUAGGUUAGACCGAUUCGUUUAUUUCUAUUAUUAUAUUCACAUUGUAGUAGUAAUAACAACAACAACAACAACAACAACUGUGUACUGUUAUAAACCGCAUUCAUUAGUUAGUGUUUCAAGUGCAUUGUUUAGAUAAAUGAGAAAGAGAGAAAAAUCGAACGUUUGGUUUAGCUCCAUUUACAAGAAGUGAUGAAAGAAGGGAGUAUUAUUCAUAAUGUAAGAAAAGAAGGUACUUGAACAAUUUAAUACAUUAGGAUCAUCCUAAUAUUAGCAAAAGUCAGCGAAUGAGCCGAAUCGUUGAACGGUACCGGAUGCUUAGGUUACUUAUUUGUAUUUAUUUAUGUCUGUUUCAUUAAUUUUUCAACUAUUUAAUAGUGAUCACACUCACGAUUACUCAGUGUACU